ACUUGCCAUCAAGUGGAAACUUUCCAGUUCAACAACCAACACCGACUAGCCAACAUGUCUACCGCGACGAAACUUCCCUCCGGUGAUCGCUCCAGCUUCAACCUGCUCGAUGAGACCGAAUCCGUCGAGGCGGUUCUGGAGCAGGUGCUGGCCGCACCCGCCGAGGAGAACCCGUUCCACCUGUUGGAUUUGGACGACGUGGUCCGGAAGCAUCUGAACUGGCUGCGGGAACUCCCGCGAGUCAAGCCGUUCUACGCGGUCAAGUGUAACGAUGACGAGUCGAUCGUGAAAACGUUGGCACUGCUUGGAACUGGAUUCGAUUGCGCUUCCAAGGGAGAGAUUAGUCAGGUGCUGGGACUGGGAGUUGGUGCGGAGCGGAUCAUCUACGCCCAUCCGAUUAAGGCGAAGGAGUCGCUGGUGUUUGCCAGGAACAAUGGGGUGGGGAAGAUGACGUUUGAUAACGAGUGCGAGCUGGAGAAGGUGGCCAAGUACUACCCGGAAGCCGAGCUGGUGUUGAGAAUCCGGCACGAUUCGGACAAGGUGUUGAUUUCGCUGGGGAAGAAGUUUGGGUGUGAUGCUCGGCUUGACGGGCCGGAGUUGAUCCGGAAGGCUAAAGAGUUGGGGUUGAACGUGAUCGGAGUCAGCUUCCACGUGGGAUGUGGAAGCUUGGACGCGGAUUGCUUCUACAAUGCUAUCAAAUCUGCUAAGUUUCUGUUUGAGUUUGCUGACACUGUCGGAUAUCGGUUCUCGUUGCUGGAUAUUGGUGGAGGGUUCCCGGGAGACGUCGAUAAACCAAUUGGUGAGUUUGCAACGGCAAUCAACCGUGCUUUGGACGAGUUUUUCCCAAAUCUUGACGGGAUUCAGGUGAUAGCUGAGCCUGGAAGAUACUACGUUGGAUCCGCCGUUCGACUGCUGGCUACGAUUAACGGAAAAAAGAUCAUUCGAGAUCCAGCGGAUAGCUCACGAAUCCUGCAAGUCAUGUACUAUAUCAACGAUGGGGUAUUUGGAACCCUGUUUGACUGGGUCAGCCUACGGGCGAUCAACGAUCUGUCGCGGGCUAUCCCAAUUAUCACCAAGCAAAAACGAGAAAAGAUCCAGUUCAAGACCACCGUUUGGGGACCGACCUGUGACUCGACGGAUAUCGUCUGCGAGGACGUUGACUUUCCGGAGCACGACAUCGGCGAGUAUUUGCUGUUCGAGAACAUAGGAGCGUAUGGAAUUACGUUUGCGACCAACUUUAACGGAUUUCCCAAACCAACGAUUCAGAUUUACGUGAAAAAGCAGACGUGGAACGCCCUUGCUGCUCUCGACGGUAUCAAAUGGCAGGAUAAAACGUUUAAUUUUUUGCAAAGCAAACUGCAAAAUAAACCUGAAUAAAAUUCGUU